AUGGCCAAAACAUGUCCAGAUGCGAUGAGUUUCUUUGGAGCCUUGCAGUGUAUUUAUGCCCUUUUUUCUGCAUCUACUAAAAGAUGGACUAUUUUUAGAAAACAUGUUACUGGCCUUUCGGUGAAAACACGAUGGGAAUGUAGAAUGCAAAGUGUCAAAGCUCUGCGGUACCAAGCAGGGGAGUUUUAUGAUGCACUUGUAGAGGUAGAAGAAACAACUGAUGAUUCUCAAGCAAAACAUGAAGCUAAAUCGCUGGCUUUUCAAAUAAGGGAUUAUAAGUUUUUGGUUUCGCUAGUUUUCUGGCAUGAUUUACUUUUUCAAGUGAAUUUUGUGAGCAAAGAGCUGCAGAGUGAUACAAUGGAUAUUUCUGCAGGAAUUUCUUCAUUUGAAAAGCUUUGUAACUGGUUAAAAAUGUACAGAGAGAAGGGUUUUCAAGAAGUGUUAACUGGUGCCAAUGAACUUGCCAAAGAUCUAGAUGUGACUCCAGUAUUCCAGACUAAACGUUUGCACAAAAAAACAGUUUUUUCUGAUCCAAAAGAAGCUUACAGAGUGCAGUGCUUCAAUCAAGUGUUAGACAAAGCUUUACAGUCACUUGAACCAAGGUUUGAACAGUUACAAAAGCAUGAGAGUUUAUUUGGAUUUUUAUGCAAAUUCAAAAAUCUUCCCAAGGACACCAUCUGCUGCAGAUCUGGAACUUGCAUUGACAGAUGUGAAACUAGUGCAGGAAAACGAACAAGUUUCAACUGUAAAAUCAGUUGA